CUGAUUUGGGCAGAGAGCAAAUGGUAACUUUUCUCACAGACCCUUUCAUUCCUAGAAACCUCUCCCCUCUCCAUUAAAUACACUCUUCACCAGGUUCUGAAUGACAAUCCAACUGCCACAUUUUUAAUUCGUACUAGUGAAUAAUGUACUGCACCUUUUCAUUUCCCUGUGUUUAUUUUAUUCCGUUGGGAAGAAUUUGUUGCAACUACAGAAGAGUCACUUUAGCAGCACAUUCGAAAAGAAGAAGACCACCACCAAAGGAUAAUCGGUAUCGACCAUAUCCUAAGCAACCUCCAGAUUUUGGUGUUAAUUUGUUCUUGAAGAAGCCUAGCACCACCUCUAAACCAACUGAGGAUGAUUUUGAUAUCAAUGAAGAGAAUGACGAAGAGGAGGAUGAAAAUAUUGGUGUUGUUUGGGAAUCAGAUGAGCUUGAAGCCAUCUCAUCACUUUUCCAAGGUAGAAUUCCGCAAAAGCCUGGAAAAUUACAUCGAGAAAGGCCUCUUCCUCUCCCAGCUCCCUACAAGCUCCGACCUUUGGGGCUACCCAAACCAAAAACACAAGUAAAAUUGACAGCUCCAACUGUAGUUUCUUCACGGGCUUCUAUGGCUAAGAAAGUGUACAAAAGCCCAAGUUUCCUAGUUGGACUGGCAAGAGAAAUGAGUAGACUUGGUCCAGCUGAAGAUGUAUCUAAAGUUCUUGGGAAGUGGGUGCAGUUCCUGAGAAAAGGGUCGUUGUCAUUGACAAUAAGGGAAUUAGGUCAUAUGGGAUUCCCUGAGAGAGCUCUGCAGACAUUCUUAUGGGCACAAAAUCAACCACACCUCUUCCCGGAUGAUUGGAUUCUGGCCUCAACUGUUGAGGUCUUGGCUAGGAACCAUGAGUUAAGAAUUCCGUUCAACAUUGACCAGUAUACUGGUCUGGCAAGUCGUGCGGUAUUGGAGGCAAUGAUCAAGGGUUUUAUAAAGGGUGGGAACCUUAGACUUGCAUGGAAGGUUCUAAUAGUUGCCAGAAGGGAUAAAAGAAUGUUGGAUUCUAGCAUUUAUGCUAAGUUAAUAUUAGAACUUGGAAAGAACCCUGACAGACACAGGCAUGUGUUGCCCUUGUUGGAUGAACUUGGAGAACGAGAAGAAUUGAAUUUAAGCCAGCAAGAUUGUACUGCUAUAAUGAAAGUAUGUGUUAAGAUGGGGAAAUUUGAAGUAGUUGAGAGCCUGUUUAGUUGGUUUAAGCAGUCUAGCUAUCAACCAAGCAUAGUUAUGUUCACUUCUGUUAUUCACAGUCGUUACACAGAGAAGAAAUACAGAGAGGCAUUGGCUGUAGUUUGGGAGAUGGAGUCUUCUAAUUGCCUUUUUAACCUUCCUGCUUAUCGUGCAGUAAUAAAACUGUUUGUUGCUCUGAAUGAUCUAUCUAGGGCCAUGAGAUAUUUUUCAAAACUUAAAGAGGCUGGAUUUUCUCCCACUUUUGGCUUAUACAAGGACAUGCUUCAAAUUUACAUGGCCUCUGGGAGGACUGCGAAGUGCAUAGAGAUCCGCAAGGAGGCUGAGAUAGCUGGUUUCAAUCUAGAUAAAUAUCUGGUGAUAAAUUAAAAUUUGUAGACUUGAAGAUCCUGGAAGCAUUGUCAUUGUUUUACAAAAUUGUAAAUCCCUCUGUCUAAUAUAAUCUCGCUGUAAAUUUUCCCAGUUUCAAUACAAGUUGUUCCUCCAAUUCUUUCC